GAGAAGAGGAAGCAACCUUUGACAUGAAGGAUGAGCCUGUGAUAAAUAAAUCGUUAGCUGAAGUGGAUUUUGAUGAGUCACCUUUGGAUAAUUCCAGAAAAGAAUUGAGGCUGCAGAAUACUGUCCCUGUAGAGAAAGAGCAACAAUUACAAAGCAAUGGCUGUUGUAUUCAUCCAGGCUUUGCAGAAGAAAAUAUAGAGCCAGAGGAAGAGACCAUGAUAAAGACAGGUGGAAACAGCUACCUUGUGUCUCCCAAUCUACCUGACUUUCAUGGCUGUAGUCCUGGUUGGAGCAGUGCAUUUUAUGGAGCUGAAUGUUUUGAUUCAGAAGUUCAUAGUUACAUGGAAAACCUUGCAAAACAGAAAUCAAGUGACUCUCAAAAUAUAGAUGCUAAAAAAGUGGAACUAGAACAAUUGCUAAUGAUGGAGACGAAAAAUUACAGAAAGACAAUAAAGUUUUACCAGAAACUAUUGCAGAAAGAAAGAAGAAGCAAAGGUCCUGAAACUAAAUCUAUGUUGCCCAAAUUGAGAGGACAGUUACAGGAGAUGAAAUCAAAAGUACAGUUUCUUGAACUGGUGAAGAAAUACAUGCAGAUUAUGUAUGCAGAGCAGUGGGGUGUGGAAUCCUGUGUGCUGCCUACAGUUAUUCACAAUGGGAGAACUGACGCCGUGGAUGUGGCACCUACAGAUGAGUCGUCAUUACUUCUUUACUAUAACACAGAGAAACACCAAUGUAAUAACGAAAAUGGAAUAAGAGUUCUUCAGGCUGGGACACCGCUUGGUUUAAUGGCUUGUUUGUAUUCUAGAAAUGCGUUUUUAGAAGGUUAUGUACAGCAGUUUCUCUAUACGUUUCGCUAUUUCUGCACACAAGAAGAAUUUUUGCAGUUUCUUCUUGAUAGAAUCAGCAGCACUUUAUCCAGUGCAAGCCUGGAUCCUUCCACAUCACUUGCCAAAAUAUGUAACCGCAGUUUCUACAUCCUGCAGGCUUGGAUUGAAGACUGCUACAGUGUAGACUUUGCAACAAAUACUGACCUUUUGUGUGCCCUAAAAGAAUUUAUUUCUUCCAAGGUUGCUCCAUUAAAUGGCUAUGGUGACCGUCUGUUGUCAUUGCUUGAGGAUGCUUCUGCCAGGAAAAGUGGCAGUGCUCAUCAGUGCUCCAGCAUGGACAAAUGUGAAGAGGAGGGCAAGGAGGAGGACAGAAAAACAUUACAUUCUCUAUGUAAAAAGCUCUCAGAAGAUGUUUCCAGAAAGAAUUUUAAUUGGAAACUUUCCAAAGGUGUGGGACCAAUUGCACAGUAUCAGAGAGAGCGACUGUACUCUCUUCCAUCAGUUUUGCCAAGGCCAUGCUAUAACAGUUUUACAGAAUUCCCAGUCUCCUUUGCUAAAGCAGAUGAAGUGGGACCAUAUCUCUUAACAGAAUACAGUGCCCAACAGCUUUGUUGUCAGCUGACAUUACUGCAACAGGAAUUGUUUCAGAAAUGUCAUCCAGUACACUUUCUAAAUUCAAGAGCACUUGGUGUUAAAGACAAAUGUGUCACUGUCCAAAAAGCUGUUUCUCCAGAGACAGUUUCACUGAAAGUCUGUAAUCUGUUUCUGUCGAAGUGCAUACAAGACCAGUACCUUCUACAUUUAUUAAGAAAUGCAGACGGUAUCAGCACCUGGGUUGCUGCUGAAAUUGUAACAUGUCACACAUCUAAGUUGCAGGUGAGCUUGUUAUCAAAAUUUCUUCUUAUAGCAAAAUGCUGCUAUGAACAAAGAAAUUUUGCUACUGCAAUGCAAAUCCUAGCAGGCUUGGAAAAUCUUUUUGUACGACAGUUACCAGCCUGGAAAAUUCUACCUGCAAAAGUAGCUGAAAUAAUGGAGGAACUCAAGGCUGUUGAGGUUUUUUUAAAAAGUGACAGCUUGUGCUUGAUGGAAGGAGAGAGAUUCAAAACACUUCCAACAAUUCCAUCAGCCCAUGUUUUGGCUAUGCAUGUCCAACAACUUGAAACUGGAGGAUUCACAAUGACAAAUGGAGCUCAUAAGUGGACUAAACUUAGAAAUAUUGCAAAAGUUGUGAGCCAAGUUCAUGCGUUUCAAGAGAAUCCGUAUACAUAUACACCAGAUUCCAAGCUGCAGUCUUACCUCAGACAAAGAAUAACUAAUUUUAAAGAUGCAGACAUUUCUGCCUUGGCAGCUGACAACUGUGCCAACUUCCAUCAGAUACCAGCAGAAAAACAUUCUCGAAAAAUUCAGGACACGCUGCGCAGAAUGAAGGCAACAUUUCAGUAAUUAUUUACAUUUCAUCUGUUCUAUUCCAAGUGUAGAUUGUAAAACUGGAUUAAGUUGACUUCGUCUCCUGGACCGAGCAAAUACUUAAGUGAAGUGACUUAAAAUGCUAUCUCAAGUUGAAAUUAUUAUAUUUCUUAGCAUGGAAUUAUAAAAUGCUGACUAAUGAGAUUUGAAUCCCUAGCAAAUGGA